AUGGUGUGUUUCUUCUCUGAUUUCAGCCUGGACCUCAAGCUUCUCCUUGGUUUGAGCAUUGGCCAACGGGUGGUGACUGUUCAGAAGGGACCCCUCUACCGCACAGAGGGGUCCCACGUCACGCUGUGGUGCAAGGUAAGCGGCUACCAGGGCCCGGCAGAGCAGAACUUCCAGUGGUCCAUCUACCUGCCCUCGGCCCCCGAGCGGGAGGUGCAGAUCGUCAGCACUGUCGACCCCUCCUUCCCCUACGCCAUCUACACCCAGCGCGUGCGCAGCCGGGGCAUCUACGUGGAGCGGGUGCAGGGGGAUGCCGUCCUGCUGCACAUCACCGAGCUGCAGGCGCAGGAUGCUGGGGAGUACGAGUGCCACACGCCCAACACCGAUGAGAGGUACUUUGGGAGUUACAGUGCCAAGACGAACCUCUCAGUGAUCGCAGACACCCUCUCGGCUUCAAUGGUGCCCCAGGUCCUCACCCAUGCUGAAGGGGAGACGAUGGAGCUCACCUGUGAGGUGUCCAAGUCCACCACCCAGCACACGCAUCUCUCCGUUAGCUGGUACCGUCUUCAGGGAGCAGGAGAGAGCCACGCCGAGGAGGUCCUCGCCCUCUCCAAGGACUUUGUCUUGAGGCCGGGGCCCUCUUACGCGCAGAGGUUUCUGGCUGGGAACGUGCGGCUGAACAAGGUUGGGAACACCACGUACAAGCUCUCCAUCGGGGGACUGGAGCCGUCUGACGGGGGGCAGCUGUACUGCGAGGCAGCCGAGUGGAUUGAGGAUCCGGAUGAGAUGUGGAAGGACAUCUCCCGCAAGCAAACAGGGAGGACGUCACUGGCAGUCAUGAGCCAGGGCAGAGAACUUUCCGUGAACAUCACUGCUGCUGAAAACUCCCUUUCUGAAGGUGAUACCUUACAGCUAAAUUGCAUGGUGGGAGUCCAGAAGAGCAGCAGCAGGCACUUCCAAGUGCUUUGGCUCCUCAAUGGCGUGGAAGUGGCCAGGGUUGACCCCCACGGGGUAUUGAUUUGGGAGGACGAAUAUGAGGAGAGAGCCAAGAUGGGGCAGCUCCGAGCAUUCAAGCACAGCAACACAGUUUAUGUCCUCACCAUCUAUAAGGUGGGGCUGAAGGAUGACGGUACGUACCAGUGCUCUGUUUCAGAGAUGAAGACUCCUGGAGACUUUCACAGCAUCCAAACCAAUCUGUCAUCAGGCAUCCAAGUCAACGUGAAACCUAUAGAGAGCCACAUGCGCCUGUCCAUGUCCACCAGCACGCCACAGGUCGUGGCAGGAGAUGCCUUGAUCCUCCUUUGCGAGGUGCAAGGAGCGACCAGCCCUGUGUCCGUGCAGUGGUGGCACCAGCCACCGCAGCACUCAGGUCCACGAGUGCUGGUGGCCACCAUGGAGCAGGACGGCACCCUGAGCCUGGGCAGCACCUACCAGGAUGGCAGGACUCGGGGAAACCUCCGGCUGGAGAAAAAGAGCUCUGGCACUUUCACCCUGGUGAUUCCCAACACGCUGGAUGAGGGCGAUGGCGGGCGGUAUGGGUGCAAAGCAACGGAGUCAUCCCAAGACCAGAGCUGGACAGAGGAGGGGGAGACAGCAGUGACAGUCAGCUCCAUGGGUGAGUUGGGCCACCCUUAUUUCUGGGCUUUCAAGCUGGACACACUGGAGGCAAGACUGGAGAAACGGGUGGAUGCAUGUGGGCUGCGCAUCCACAACGCUGUGGCUGCUGACGAGGGGACAUACCAGUGUGAGGUGAAGUCCUGGAGGAGGAACACCCCACCACUGGGGCAGCCAGCGGCCACCACCAGGUCCAAUGCUGUGGGGAUAAAGGCGGUUCUGCCAGACAGCGAGCUUCAGGUAGCUACAGAAGAGAGCUCUGUGGAGAUUGCUGGCGAUGCUGACACAGCCAUCGAGUGCCGAAUUGUGUUUGCCCAGACUAAUUCUCAGUUCGCCGUUACCUGGUACCUCCUGCCGCCGCCUCCGGCAGAUGCACGCCCCCUGCAAAUCCUGAGGGCUGACUACAGCAGCGUACUGGAAUAUGGGGCUGAGUUCAGCUCUCCUGCACAGAAGUCACGGUUCCUGAGCCAGAGGGUGUCCAGGGAUGUUUUCUGGCUGCGGAUACUCUCUGCGAACCCCGGGGACCAGGGCAGGUACUACUGCGUGGUGGAGGAAUGGCUCUGGCUGGCAGAUGGCUGGUACAAACUCGGAGAGGGAGCAUCGGGAAGGACCACGCUGGAGUUCAAGCUUCCAGAGCGUGAACUGCAGCUGGAGAAAACCAACCACAGCAUCUCGGCAGGAGAGGGCGAGGAGGUGACGCUGCACUGCCUGCUGCAGGGUCCCUGCCUGCCCACCACCCACCUCUCGGCCACCUGGUUUCGGCGGGAGGAGAGCGGCCGCAUCAGGCCCCUGCUUACCCUCCGCCGCGACGGUGCCAUCGAGUACCCCUGGGAGAACCUGGCAGGGAGGCUGCACCUCCCCCGCCCCACCGCCGGUGACUUCAGCCUGACGCUGCGCAGCGUGGAGGAGGGCGAUGCCGGGGUGUACUACUGCCAAGUGCAGGAGUGGCAGCAGCAGAGCGAGGGGAAGGACUGGGCUCUGCAAGCCUCAGCGUGCUCCGGGUACACGCAGCUCACUACCACCUCGCCAGAGUCAACUGUUUUGUCUAGGAUCUGCUCAACCCCACCACUGCUGAACUUCAUCCUAUACUUACCGCUGGUUCUGAUCCUUCUGCUGGCCCUUGCUGUCUUCUGCUGGUACUUCAAAUUCAGAAAAAGCAAGAAGGGCAACAUCACAGGAGACCAGCUGAUGGAACUGCAAGGAGCUGGAGGGGUUGAGAAGAGUUAG